AUGAGACCUCUAGAACUAAGCCCAAACAACCUAUAUAAUGAGAAGGCUGAAGAUACUAUGGUAGUUAAUACAAUAAUAACUGAAUCAACUAAUACAGAAGCGAUCCAAGACAUCAAGAUAGAGCCAACUACCUCUGAAAUGGAACUAUUAUCAAGCUCUGCUAGCGUAGAUAAUAACCAACCUCUAGAAAUUAAUCAAAGUGAAAUGGAAAAUACUACAGGCCAAGAUAAUAUAGCAGUAGACCCUCUAGCAACACUUUAUAACAGCACAAUGUCUCCAAAAGUCAACCCUCAAACUGAGGAAAUGGAUGGAUUUACAGUAGUUACUUCAAAGAGAAAAUCUAAAAAUUGCAUCAAAGCUACUGCAGCAGAAGAAACCAAAAUUUAG